AUGCUGACAACAGAUGACGCAAACCCGACGCUGGAUAUGAUCAAUCGUUUUUCGUCUGUUGCAGGAGAAGAGAGCGAACAUAGUGCUGAAUAUAUGCUGGCUUCUGUCGAGCUGAUGAUUGGAAAAAUAAGGUCGAGCUCACUAAAGGUGAUACGCCAACGACACCAUCCGUGUCAUGCCGCUUCACAAAAAGUUCAGAAUACGAUCUUGGACGUUCAGCUCAAACAGCUUAUGAAUAUGGCUCGUGAAAUUCAAGUGCGCGUUCGAGAUUUGCAGGAGUCUGCCGAGAUUUCUCAAGUAUUGGAUUCAUACAAGGGUAAAGAGCCUUACGACCUUGUUGCUCUUGCACAUGGUGACGUAGGCGUGAUUACGAAUGUCGGACCACAGUGGAACGGGGAAGCAUAUUUAUCGGACAUAUCUUUUCGUUCACAUAAUCGCAUCACGACUAACUCAAGUAUCUUUGUGACACAUGCGCGUGCUGUCAGGAAGCUUACACCUGGCUUGUCGGCGAUGACCCCUGGUCUAAACCCUGUGACUCUAGGAAUCAAUACUCUGGAAUACAACCACAAUUCAAUGACUCCUGGAUUUGUGUGUAAACUUCCAUGGGUCGUAUGA